UGGUGGUCCGGAGAAAGAACUCACGAGGAACACACACACCCCUACCCGUCUCUGUUCAUCUCCACAUCUUGUCUUCUCGCUGUUGACUUCGAGCGGAGACUAGACUAGCUACUACUCGGAAUGGGGAAGGAGAUGAAUCUGAUCCGAGAAGACGAGUACGGCGGCGGCGGCGUCGGGUUCGAGCCGACGGAGGACGAGCUGAUGCUCCACUUCCUCCGUCCGCAGCUGCGCGGGUUCGCGCCGCGCGUGGCGGGCGCCGUGGUGGAGGCCGACCCCUGCGGCGCGGCGCCGUGGGAGCUCCUGGCGCGGCACGGGAGGCGGGAGGAGGGGUUCUUCUUCUCGGCGCGCGCGCGGAGGAAGCCCUCGGUGCGGCGGACCGUGGCGGGCUGCGGCGGCGGCGGUGGCGGCGGUGGCGCGUGGAUGCACAGCUCCACCAAGAACGGGCAGUCCGUGACCGACCUCGGCGUGGUGGUGCGGUGGUGCAGGAUCAACUACUGCUUCUACGUGCGCGGCGAGAUGGGGCAGCAGCGGAGCACCGGGUGGAUGAUGGCCGAGUACGAGAUCACCGACCCGCGGUGCUACCGCCGCGCCGACGACGGCGAGGAGGACGACUUCUGGGUUCUCUGCCAUGUCAGGAAGAGCUCGAGGCCCCAAGCCGCCAAGAUCUCUCCAGCCAAGCCAGCACGGCGGCGCAAGCCCGCCGCCGCCGCCGCCGCGGAUGUCCGGGCUGCGUGAUCCGGCCGACGGCGGAGAUCACGAGGUUUGCCUCGCGUUGGGAUUCGACUUCGGUUAUACUUUUGCUUUGGAAUUGUGUUCCUUUGCUUUAUUCCUCCUCUAGCAUCUGCCCAUACAUUCCGUGUGAUGAACACUGCGAAUCAAAUGGGACGUUUAAGAUGUUGUUGUUGUACUGAUAGCGUGAUUGAAUUCAUGGCCUCUUUCUGCCAAGCCGCAUAUGGAGUUUUUUUUGGUGUU